CUCGUGACUCAGGUCGAUUCGACGAAAAUGACGAGUGGGAGAGACGAGGCUGCAGGUCGCGUGCUGGUGAUAGGUGCCGGUCCGGUAGGAUGUCUGCAAAGCGUCUUCCUUGCCCGCCGCGGCGUCCAGGUGGAUGUCUUCGAGGCGAGGCCUGAUCUCAGGCAAGACGCCAAUCGAUCAGCCGGGUAAGCAAACAAGGUGCCACCAACGCCCCAUGCACGAACGGCUGGCAACCAUGGUCUGUCGGCCUGCCUGUAUGUAUGUAUGUGUCUUCUCUCUGCUGUGCAGUCGGAGCAUCAACUUCGCCUUAUCGGAGAGGGGCAGGAGUGCCCUGAGGGCGGUGCAGCUGGAAGACGCUGUUCUCCAAGAUGCCAUACCGGUCGGUCAGCAGUGAGAUAUAUCUCUCGACUCGCUCUCUGCUGCUGGCCAUUUCUGUCUGUGUGUGCGUGUGUGUGUCAGAUGUACUCUCGCAUGGUUCACCCUGUGCGAGGGUCGAGCUAUGAGGUGCCCUAUGGCGAAAGGGGCGAGUGCAUCUACUCAGUGGGACGCAGGUAAGUCCCCAUGUAGGCAUGGCAUGUACCGCAUUCACGGCCAUGGCACGGCAAGACACUGGCGGCCCUGUUUGGUCAUAUAUGGAUGCAUCUAUGUACCUAUGUAUAUUUGUGUGGUCCGUCCGUUGGCUCAUUCAUUCAGGCGUAUCAAUGAGUUGUUGCUCAACGCUGCGUCGGCCAGUGCCAACGUGAGUCUGCACUUCGGCGUGAAGCUGUCCAAGCUCAACUGUGAGAGGGGCACCGUCACUCUCACAGCAGCCGAUGGGGACGAGGAGAGGGCUGAACAAGGCGACUUCGUCUUCGGCUGCGACGGCAUCCACUCGGCCUCCAGGCACCAGAUGCUGCAGCAAUGCUCCGACUCGCACAGCUUCAGGUACGUACCCACCCGCCGAAGUGACUGACUGACUGCAUCGAGCAAGCGAACCACACAAAGGGAGGGAGGCAGAGGGCGGUGGAUGGAUGGAUGGAUGGAUGGAUACAUCAGGGAGGACUAUAUCGACCACGGUUACAAGGAGCUGACGAUCGAGUCGACGAGCGGCAGUGACAGUCCGCACCGGCCUUAUGCGAUGCCCCCCAACCAUCUCCACAUAUGGCCCAGGAAGGAGUUCAUGCUCAUUGCUCUCCCUAACCCUGACGGUAGGCAGGCAGGCAGACAGGCACCACCACACCGCACACAGACCCCUACAGCUGUUUUCAUGUGUCAAUGCUUUGUGUGUAUGUCAGGGUCGUUCACCUGCACGCUCUUCAUGCCGAUGGGCAUCUUCGAGACCCUCACCACACCUGACCAAGCCAGCAAAUUCUUCAAGCAGCAUUUCCCUGAUGUACUCGACCUCAUUGGUAGAAGGACCGACAAACAGCAGCACUCACACACACACACACACUCCCUCACUCACACCCAUACAGACAGACUCGUGUCGUGUCCUGCAUCGGUCUUGGUGAUGCCGCACCCACCUUUCUCUCCGUUCGUUUGUCUGUGUGUGGGCACCAGGCGAGUCUGAGUUGGAUCAUCAGUUCCGAUCGAACCCCACCAGUCGUCUGUCGUACCUGCACGUGUCGCCCUGGACCACGGGGAAGUACUGCGUGGUUGGUGACGCCGCACACGCAGUAGUCCCCUUCUACGGCCAGGGCAUGAACUGUGGAUUCGAAGACUGUCUACUCUUCGACCAACUCCUACAACAGUGCCAGCAAACGGCGGCCAGCAAAGAUCUCCUCACGGCCGCAGCGCAACUAUUCUACCAGCACCGAAAACCAGGUGGGUGUCCAUUUGAUGAAUUAGGGCUCACCGGACGGGUGAGCAUGCGUGUAUGCAUGGAUGAACAAUGCAUUGAUUGCGUGGCGUCCCUGCAUGUACCUCCGUGUAGAUGCCGAUGCGUUGUGUCAGCUGUCGCUGGAAAACUACAUCGAAAUGCGAUCGAAGGUGAGAAGGGAGGGAGGGAGGCAGGCAGGAAGGUGGGGUGGGGUGGGGUGGGGUGGCGGCAGGGAGGGAGGGAGAUGCCUGCAUACGCUCGUUGCCCAUGUGUGUCGAUUGAUCAACUGAUUGAUAGGUGUCGGAUCCGUUGUUUCUGAUGAAGAAGAGAAUCGACAGUCUCAUCAACUACCUCUUCCCUCACGAGUGGAUCCCACAGUACACUAUGGUCGGUUGGUGGGCGAGUCAGUCAGUCACGUCACGGGAUACCUCUGGGCAUUCGUCCAAUUGUCUGUGUGUAUUGUGUGCAGGUGGCGUUCACCCGUACGCGGUAUUCGGAUGUGAUUCGGCGGCGGGAUCGGCAAAACACCAUCGUGACCUCAUGUGCAAGUGGACUCGUGGCCUGCGCACUCGCCGCCGCGGCUCUGCUUGCUGUGAGGUGCUCUCAGGCGCUGUUGAAGCGCACAUCUGUGUAGUGUCAGUCAGUGCACUCGUCACUGUAUACAUACACACAUACAUACAGUCUGUGUGCACAGCCCAGCCCCCACCUUGUACGUACAACGGUGGGUUUCAGGACUUAUCCCAUAGGUACAUACAUACAUACAUACAUACAUGUGUGGCUGGCGUGGGGGGGUGUACUUGUGGGCCUUUGCCGCAGGCAGAGACCUAAGCUUGGAUGCGUGCGGGUGUGCGUUCGCACGAUGGUGUAUGUAUGGCGCUGACGGGACAACGAGACCGAUUCAAUUGAACAAAUAUAUUAUCU